AUGCCCGUCUCUGACCCCGCCAAACUCGCACUGAUGGCGACUGACCCUUCUACCUCUCCUCUUCUCCCGCUGCCUAAGUCGCGCAAGCGAUCCAGACCGACCGACGAGGUUUCCGACCAGGCCUGCAGCACCAGAGCCGAGUCCAAGAUCGCAGUGAUAGACACACUCAUCCGCGGUCAUUACGAAGGCUGGAUAGCAGAUCCUACCCUUCGCGAGAUUGACUGGUACCGCGCCACCGUUGCUCCAUCUGACUUCGUUGCUCUCAUCGAAUCUUUCGACGACAAGCUGCGCAAGUGGAUGCUGGAAUCCCUGACCUACGACUGGAACGGAUUGACAGGCGAGAUUGUCCUUCGCAACAUGGUGCCAAACACUGUUCACGACGUCGUCUGCGCAGAGAUAGCAAAAGCCCUCGACCGUCAACUUGACGCAUUGAAAGAGGAGGAAGAAGACGAAGACAUGAUGAAACUAUUGAAGGCUAUCGUGGGACCGUAUACUACUGCAUCGCCACUCCUAAAUCAAGGCGUCAAGAAGACAGGCAACACCCUCACCGACGAUGCACUGAAGAGCAAGCGACAACCCGACGCCUGCUUCCGUUUUCUCGGUCGCUCACACCAACCUAUCGUCAUCGAAGUCGCUAACGGCCAAAAGAACGAGGAUCUGGAAGCUUUGGCAAUGUCAUGGAUGCAGGACACAGAGCGCAAGACGAAGACAGUCAUAACCGUCGGUUUGAAAUACAAGACCCCUCAAGAACGGUACAUGGACUAUCGCACACCCAAAGGCACAAUUGCCGUAUAUCGCGCCGAUCCCCUUUCCACCCCCGCCGAGCUGAAGUGGACGAGGAACAUGUUCACCUUUCACGAUCUGAAGAGCAAGAAGCCUGCGAGUGAAGCCAGCCUCCAGCUAACGUUGGCCGACUUCGUACCACAUUCCGAGAUGAAAGAUCUUCCCGAAGGCUUCGAGUUUCCUGACAUCAAUAUCUCCGCGAGGAAGCUUCGCAGUAUUCUCGAUAGCGGCGACAGCCAGCAGCGGGAUGUAGACAGAAGGUCGCGCAGCCCUGACUACUCUCCUCCAGCCAAGAAGGUGCCGAAGCGCCAGCCAAGCCAGGCUCAGCCUUCGCCAGCACCAGCCAACAGCUUUGGAAGGUCUAUAGUGAAACCGAAGAGAUAUCUUGAUUAG